CGGGUCUACUGCCGGAUAGACUUUGACAAGCUCUACGUGAAGAAGUGCCUGGGCUGCUCGGAGCGCAUCGCCCCCGAGGAGCUGGUGAUGCGCGCGCUGGACAGCGUCUUCCACGUGCGCUGCUUCGUGUGCGUCGUGUGCGGCGCGCGCCUGCAGAAGGGCGACCAGUUCGUCAUCAAGCAGGGACAGCUCUUCUGCCGGCCCGACUACGAGAAGGAGGUCGAGAUGCUGCAGGGGUACGCCCAGGGAGAGUUCCCGUGCGACGAGCUGGUGCCGCCGCGCGCGCAGGACGGCCGCCGCGGGCCCAAGAGGCCGCGCACCAUCCUCACCACGCAGCAGCGGAGGGCCUUCAAGGCGAGCUUCGAGGUCAGCCCCAAGCCGUGCCGCAAGGUGCGCGAGGCGCUCGCCAAGGAGACGGGCCUCAGCGUGCGCAUCGUGCAGGUGUGGUUCCAAAACCAAAGAGCGAAGAUGAAGAAGAUCCAGAAGAAGGCGCGCCAGGAGGGGAAGCCCGGCUCUGGGAAGGAGGACGACCUGCUGGACGACAAGAGCAAGGCGCGCAUCAAGGAGGAAGAGCACAGCCCGUCGGGGGCGGGCUCGUUCCUGAAUGCUGACAGCUGCGGCAGCGACACGGAGGCGAGCCACCAGCCGCACGUCCACCCCCAGGCGCAGCCGCUCUUCCUGCCGCCGCAGGGCCUCAACCCCAUCGACAGGCUCUACUCGAUGCACACGUCCUACUUCUGCGGCGAGGAGGCCGCCAUGGCCGAGCAGUAGCCGCCGCCGACCGCUCAACGGAGCCCUGGGGCUGUCUUCACAACUUUUCACGACCUGUGCCGACGUGUCAAGGCGUGCAAAUCGCGGGACAAGUUGCUCAGUGUUAGUCUGGAGGACAGUCGAGUGAGACACACACACGCAAGAGUACGUAGCACGAUGUCAAACACGUUCCAAACAAAUAACUGGCCGUGCUAUUCGGCAAAGUCUUUGAACUGUUUGUCGGUAUUGACGAUUCUUGACGAACUACAGUUGUUAUAGUCGUUUCUACUACACGCUCUUGAAUCUACAGUGGUGCUGAACCGUUCAUCUCCGACACUCCCCUACAACGAGCUUGUUGCAUUACUUUCUUGGUAGGCAGGCUCUAACUUCGCUACCUCAUACAGAUAAUCUUCUAAGCAAGUAGAUGCAGUUCACAGAGUAACAGUCAGUGGUCUCCCAUGCGUCGCACUUCCUCCAGCUUCAUUUUCAACUACGUAGAACGGUUUGAGAAGCUGUUCGA